UGUACUUAACGAGUUGAAAGAAAACUUUCUGUUCAGUGAUUACGACAAUACCUUCUCUAACGUUGCUUGAAGUUACAUCUGUGGAGUUUGGAGUUUAAAAUGAAGAUAUUUAUAUUUAUAUUACUUGGAAUUUUCUUAUCAGUAGGAACAAAAAGUCCGAAUAACAGAUGCGAAAUAGAAAUUAUAGGAAAUUGUGUGCUGCAAAUAAGUCAAUUUGCUAGAGAAUUCGGUAACAUUUUUCCUGGUAAUGAAAUAGAGUUGACUAGACAAUGCCAAAUAUUUCAAGAGGUGAGGAGUUGCAUAUACAAUUAUAGCCGUAAAUGCGUGACUUCUACAGAUAAAGCAAUCCAUCACUUCAGUUACAAUAGAACCGCAGAGAAAAUGAAAGAGUUUUGCAAUCCAAGUAAACAGCUUUACAAAGAUUAUUUGGAAAAAGCUUCGUGUAUAAAACAAAAUUACAGGGAUGUAACGUCGUGUUUCAAAGAUAAUUUAUCAUCCUUACUUCUUAUAUUUCAAGAUUAUUCUAAAGACAAGGCAGAAAUAUUUUGCUGUGCUUUGAAUAAUUUAAGAAGAUGUAUCUUAACUCUGUACGAAAGUAAAUGCGGCGCCAAAGUUACACCUUUGAUGAAGUUGCAGAUAGAAUUCCUUUAUUCAGAAUGGAUUAUCGAAAUGUGUAAUCCAUAUUUUCAUUUGAAAGACGAUUGUAUGCUUAAAUCCGAUGAAAUUAAUUUGAGUGAAAUAAGCAGUUUUGAAUAUCUCAAAAAAUACUUUGUUCCUGUUUCUAAAUCUUAAAAACUACUUGAUGAUUUAAUUGUUUACACAGUAGACACUCGUUAAUUCGAACUCAGAGGGACGGUCUAAAUAGUUCGAAUAAACAAGAGGCGGAACAACCGAGUUCGAAUUAAGAGGAGAUUCGAAUUAUCUGAGUUCGAAUUAACGAGAGUCUACUAUAUUAUCUAAAAUAUAUUAAUAUUUUUAUAUAGUUUCUUUAAUAUUAAUAAACACUGAUAAAAAUCAGUAUGCAAUGUACUAAAUAAUAGUAUACUUCUUAUAUUUCAAGCAUGCUGUUCCUAGCUGCAAAACAUUUGUUUGAAAAUAUGUUUUGUGCAAGUCAUAGACUAUAAACAACAAAAUAGUGUUGUUUUAACGAGCUAGUAAUAUUUGUAUAUUCAAUUAAAUUUAUGCUUUUCAUAAAAAUCUAAAUAAUUAAGACUUUUUUAAAUAAAUACGUAAGGAAAAGAAAACAUCCAUUUUUAAUAUUUGUAAUGGUAAUCUUAAUAACAAUCUAUAGAAAAACGUGAAACUUUCUUUUAACUUUGCCAAUAUUUAUAUAGUGAUCUCAAUAGAUCAUUUCUGAAAAUUAUGAAUAAUGUAGAAUAGUGAUAUGCAGUGAAAACUGUAACAACGGACACUGGCGGAAACAUAAAAAAUGUCCGUCGUUUGAAGGUCAUUUUGUAUACAUUUUCAUUAAAAACGAAAAUUUCCUGAAAAAUGGCAACUGUUUCGAAACAGCUGUUGUUGAGAGGUGGCCCUUAUUAGAGGUUCUGUUGUAAUAUAUAUAAAUUUUCAGUUAUUAUUAAUUGUAAACUUUAUGUUUAAAAAAAAUUUGCAACAAUGUUUUAAAAUUAAUUUUUCGUUUAAUUCAUUCGAUAAAUAAUUUAUUACGCAUCUUUAUUACAGAUAAUAUAAAUAUAUACCGCAUUUCUUCGAUUUUAACACGCAUUCUAAUUUCAAAAUAGCAUUUUAUGAUUUUCUAUAAACGUACAAAAGAAAAUUAAAUAAUCAAUUUAAUUAAAUUUUGUUAAUAACAACAAGUUAAAAAAGUCCAGCAACGAGUUACGUAACUUUCUCGGCAACAACAUUUAAAAUUGCGUGUGGCGCUAAUCUGUUAUGAUA